ACCAACAUCCAUCCACGCAACCCGCCAAACACCGUCGCGCUCCCUCCCGUCAUCUACACUUCCGAAUCAGUUCGCCGUUCCCGACACCAUGAGAUUGACGAGUGAGAUUCUUGCGGCGACGCCGAGUUUCCUUAACCCCAUCAACGAUAGAGAGCUGGAUCUCAGAGGCCACAAGAUUCCCGCGAUUGAGAAUCUUGGUGUUGCGGGGCCCCAAGAUGCGAUAGAUUUCACCGACAACGAUAUCCAGCAGCUGGGAAACUUCCCGCUGUCUGAGCGACUACAUACUCUGCUGCUCGCCAGAAACCGAAUAUCCGUCAUCCAGCCGACGCUCGUGAAGUCGAUACCAAAUCUCACGGUGUUGAUCCUGACGGCGAACAACCUCUCCGAACUGGGCGAUCUGGAGCCGUUGAGCAAGUUCAGGAGGCUUGUACACUUGUCUCUGUUGGAGAAUCCGGUGACGAGGAAAGACCAUUACAGGCACUGGGUGAUAUGGAAGUGUCCGACUGUUAGAUUUCUCGAUUACCAGAAGGUGAAGGAUGUCGAGCGGAAGCGCGCCGAGGAGCUAUUUGGAACCGAGAAGGAGCCAUCACCGCUUGCGUCAAAGAUCAUGGGCAUCAAGUCGCGCACAUUCGACUUGGGCGAAUCGUCAGGAAGCGGAAACAAGGAGUAUGCGGUCAGGUUGACGGCGGCCGAAAAGAAGAAGAUCGAAGACAAGAUCAGGGCCGCGAAAAGCUUGGAGGAGAUUGCGAGGUUGGAGAAGGUGCUGAGGGAGGGACCUUCGGCGGAUCUCAUGGAGGAAUAGAGAGAGACGGCAGGAUACAUACCUCGUACUUUAAUGAUCAAAGGAAGGCUGGGUUCGUCAAACGGUUUUUUGGGGUGAUAGUUGGGGUUCUUGUACAAAAUACAUUACAUAGGGCGCUACAUCGCUACUUGCCUUCCUCGUUCUGGACCGCGCCGAAGUAUUUGAGCGAUCUCUUGUG